UCGGAUUUCACCGGUUAAAGUUAAUUCUAUAUGCGAGUCAUGACUCGAUGAUGUGAGAAGGGAGAUAAGAGCGAUAUUCCGUCAGUUGAGGAUGAUAUAACUCACGUUAAACGCAAAUAAAAUGUUAUCAAGCUCUGAUUGGAAUUAUUGCGAUCAAUUAUGCGUUCAUGUUUUUGCUCCACAUGAUUUCUGGGAAAUUUUAAAACGUGAUGAGAGUGUCAACAAAAUGAGAAUUGUGUCUAAUAUCAUAACUGCUGUCUUUUAUUAUGAUUAUUCUACGUGCUUUGCGGGAGACUCAGUGAGACACUGCGAAUAAGUUCAAAGUCUGAUCUUAUGGAAUGCCACAUCGAUUAGAACUGAAUCCAUAAUAAUGUGGCAAUUGAUUAGCACUCGUUACCUCUAGGGCUUUAACCAUAAGACGAUUGGCUGACAGAAGAAAAAUAAAAAUCGUGAUAAUCACAGCGUAACCCGUGGGUGGACACAAUGGAAUCUUCGAGUCGAGUGGCUUUCACUUCGCAAUGAAAGUUAUCAAACAUGAUAAUCAUAUCCAUCCAUUAAUUUCCUCAAUAAUCAAUGUUUCCACUGCGAUUUAAUCACCGGGAUGAGCUCGAUAAACCUGACUCACUCUGACGACGCCCUAAUAACGACAGAAUUCUCCCUGUAAAGUGAGACUCCUCGGGGAGGAGCUGGCGUAGUAUGCAGCUGUGAAAAGGCCCAUCGGGCCCCUAUUGACGAAAAUACGAAUAGUGAUAUUUUGAAAAGGCCCCAAUGCUCCCAUUCGCCAUCCGGGCAAGCUAAUCCUCAUAAUCCAGCAAGAUGUAUCAACAUCAUCAUUCUAGCCAUUCGAUGUUCCCCAUAACCACCCAAUAACGCGUUCGCAUAAUACGAAACAAUGUAACUCGCCGAGAACACCGCACAAUUAGUGUAUACGUGGUUAGUGCUAUGGUAGCUCUGGAUGAUGACCAGCAAGUGCGAUUGCGUCGCCCUCUCUUCGUAAUGCUGAGCCAACCUAUCUGUAUUCACCAGAGCCCCGGGUAUAUGUUUCACCGCUCGUCAUAUUUAACUGUACCAUGUACGCAGUGUACAUGGGAGAUGCUUCUCCCCCGUGGAUAUUCCCCCGGCUCAUUCCCAUAUAUGACUCGUCCAAGGUACCAUGUGCAUGUGUUGCAUGCCUUCACAAUAAUACUGAAAUGGCAUCGCCUGGUACCAAUGUCCAUGUGCAAUCAAUGGUGGUUUUGUGUACGUGUCGUAUCCAUAAUUGCAGUCAAUGUCCGGCAUUUGAGUAUUGGUUAUCAGUCAAAAUCAUAUCACGACAUCAUCAAAGUCUUAAUUAGGAAGUUUAAUGGUUGAGUGAGAGUAGAGCUACGUGCCUAUCCUCUAAUGAAAAUUCCAUCUUUACCAAUAGCAAAUCAGUUUCAUCAGGAUGUUUGCUUGGACCAAUUGAUGACCUCAUGACAAAUGUUUCAUGGACUGACAUUUUUCUCCCCCGAGUUUUCUAUCCUGUCGGUGAGGAGCGAGAAGAGUCGGCGAACACAUGUUCCAGGGGGGAAUUUCUGUACAUGUGCCGGAGGUUAUCGUCUCUGUGGUAGUUUCAGCUCUUUCCACACGUCGGUUUGUAAAAACUGGGAAUGAGGAUUGAGGAAGAGAGGAACGAGGGGGAAAAUCCAGCGAGCCAGGUAGUUGGAGGGUGAACAAGGACAGACUGACUCGACAAAGGAGGUACAGAAAGGCUGUAGCACACGGGAGGAAGUGAGCUGAGUAUCAGUGAGAACAGGAAACAAAGGGAGAUGUUAAAAAAUAGUUGGUUGAGUGGUCAAUGUUAGCUGCUAGUGAGAGACGAAAUGCAGCGUGCGGAACAAGUCAAAUGAGACUGUGUUAGAAGAAAAAGGAGUAAUAUGGAAAUAAAGAUGUGGAUAUUUAAAAUACUGGCUAACCAACAAAGACAACGAACCGGUAUCACUCGGGAAAAUAAAGAAAACAAGAAGAAAGGGGGGGAGGAGGAGGAGAGAAGUGAGAUGAAAAGAGGGGAGUUUAUGUAGCCUCGUGAAGGAUGAGUUGAGUGGAGAGAGGAGGAGUGUUGAACAAGGAGAAAUUGAAGUUGAAAACGAGUGCUUCUCCCUCGCUCGUUAGCUCGCACACGGUCGAUCGCUCCUACUCCCCGGCAGCCAUUUUGCGCUGGCUCGUAGAGACCUCCGGCAUUCAUUGCCUGGGAAAAUAUUGCCACAAUUCCAAACCACCCAGGGUAUAUGUACGUUAAUUCACUUUGGGGAUAUUAUCUUUUGGGUCUCUGUCAUAUUCCGUUGUCUUCGGAUAUUAGUCAUCCAUAAGACGUACCUGAACACAAGUUUCGUUGGAUUGUGAACGGUAUUUUCUGAAUUGUCUGUCUUUCUCCCUCCCGGGUAAUGUUUAUAAUGGUCUUCAGGUAUAUGGAGGAAAUUUUACCAUUCUGGUCUCCGGAGUUUAGGAGAUAAUAAGUAAUAAAAUGCCGGCGUCUAGCACGCAAGGCCAAAUUGAGGUUACAGGUCUCCUCAUUUAUUAGCCUCUUCAGAAAAGUUGCCAUUUUUAUUUAUAACCAGUAGAAUCAUACCCUCUAGACACAGCCAUUGCAUAUUAAUUUGAUACAUCGCGAUAAGCUUUUCAAUUAAAUUGUUGACCAUACGUAUUGACUAUAAUAACGUAUCGAUCAUCCGGAUGGUGGAGAGAAGACAUUAACGUACACUACAUUUAAUGCAAACAUAUGAGACACUCAUGAAAGCAGUAGCGUGCUUCCUCGUGCGUGAAAAACGUCGCCUUCAUCGGGUGGAACGCGUUGCGUGGGUAUACCACGCGUGCCAAUAAAUUAGGAUAGAACUCAGAUGUUCAGUUCCAACACGAACAUCGAGCAAUCGCAAGUGCAACCGUUCCCUGCAAUCAUAAACGAGGAAAUGAUCACACGAGAGUCCCCACGUCCCCAUAAUUCCGGGCGCCAGUAUAUUUCCACCCAACGACGAAACCAAACAGACACUCGAGACUCCCAGGAGGUGCUUUCGGCAAAGCCUUGGAUGCGAAUGAAACUGUGGCAGUGUAGAGGGAAUAACAGGGUACGGAAUGAGAGUGCGACAGGGAGAAGGCGAAUGACUCGACGGGGGUGCGAUAAAGGCCACCCAAUGCCAGCAGUUGAUGGGAGAAAAAGAGACCAGACACCAACCGAGAGAGAAAGCCACUCACGAUUGCUGUAGGAGAGGAUUUUCGAGUGCAACAGACACAAAGAGUGGAAGUGAGACAGAGAAAUACAGGGGGAGUACGAGCGGUACUGACAGUUCUUCUGGAUUCCGGUGAUCCUAGGGCAACGAGUGCCAU